GACAAGCUGCACCGGGAGCAGCGAACACGCAUCGCGCCACGCGGCGCCCCCCGUCCCGCCCCGCCCCUCCCUACCCCGGCAGACGCCAGGCGCCGGUGCAUCGGGUGUGCAUCGCGAGGUGCUACGUUGCCCUCCGCAGGCAGCGCACUCCGCGGGCGAACAUUGAUCGGCUACCUUAUUCGUGCUGUUGUGUGCGAGUGUGCGUGUCCGCGUUCGCGUGUGAGGAGGGCGACACCUGCGCGUCGUUGGACUCCCACUACUUCCCCCCGCGAGUGCGUCGUCGACCUCCAGGGGAGCGGUCUGCCGCGUCCAGUGCGGGUGGCACCGGCACCGGCCGCGCGAGGACGCCGGGAGAAGAAGACCCUCGACACUUGUGCGUGGAGCCUGCUGCCGCAUGCCGCCGCGUGGUGAAGUGUGCUGCCCUUAAUUGCCAUGCCGCGCUCCCUCCCACGGACUUUCGCCCGCGGUCGGGGCCGCGCCGCGCCGGCCGCGCCUCCGCCGCGGGACAGCUAGAGCGACGGCCUGUCCGUCCCGCGCGUCCCCGGACGGCAGCGUCCCCCCGGUGGUGCAUCACAAGGGAUCGCCGCCGGCACCGCGGCACCGCGGCACCGCCGCCCGGCCCCGGCGCACCUGACGAGGAACCCGAGGCGGAGAGGACCCGCGAAACAGCCGGGCUUAUCACGACCGUGUGUCGCAAGACUAUCGCGCCUGUUUGCGCAGAUAGGACCUCGGCUUGCCCUGGACCCAAGGUCGGCCGCCGCCGCCGAGGCCGUCGCCUGCUUCCCUGACCCGCCCCGGGCACCGGAUGGCCGGCAUUAAACGAGUGGUGAUAACGCGAGCCGCUAACGCUCUUGAGUAGCUGUGCCAGCCGCGGGGACCGCCCGGGGCCGUGCGUGCAAGUCAUCACCGCCGCCAUGGAGUACCUGCAGCAGCGACCCAAGCGCGUCGACCUGGACCUGGCGCGCUGCAGCAGCACCUCGCACGGCACCUACGUGUCGCCCGUCGUCGUCGCGGACGGGCGACACCGCCGCUCCCUGCUCACCGCGGCGACGGCCGGCGCUGCCACUAGAACGACGACGACGGCGGCGUCUUCGUUGUUGACAUCCACCUCGCCGACGUCGGCGAGCGAACGCCGAUCCAAGACGCACCAGGACAUGAGGGACUUCGUGAGCGGCAUGACCCGCGAGCGGCAGGGCCAGGAGCGGCGCGAUCGCCAGCAGUAUUACUUCGGCGUGCCUCCGCACAGCCAGGUCGGCAGCGGCUUCAUCAGCAACGGUGCCUUCUACAACGGCGUCGUCGAGCUGAGCAGGCGGCCGGACGGCGGCGCGGCGCGCUCCGGGGGCUCCGGGCGCCGCGCGCUGCGAGAGAAGAAGGUGGACGACGAAGACGACCUGCCGCUGCCCCCGCCCCCGCUACCACCAUCACCGCCGAUCCAGGAAGACGAGCGGCACGCCGACGCCGAGGACGAGGCCGGCGCCAUGGAGCGGAUGUUCCGGGAGGCCAUGGCCGUGGCGGACAGGCGCCAGCAGCAGUGGCGCCAGCAGCCCGCGGGGCCGCCUGCCAGGACGCUAUGGGAGCAGCGGCGGGAGGGCAUCCUGGUCCGGGAAGUGGACGACAGCAGGCCGUGCCUGUCCUGCAGAGACGGCUGCCCCACCGGCUACAAGCAGCACCCGUGGAGGUGAGUCGUCCUCAGCUUUCGGUCGACUUUCUGCUGAGGGACCGGGACUGGGGUCGCGACCGUGAUCGCGACCUCGACGGCCGGGGUCCGCGGGCGCUCCUCGGCCUCCUCCUCCGCCGCCGCCGCCGCUGCGGCCCUUCUGGCAGGCUGCAGCACGGC